AUGUCUACUGAUACUGAAGAAAUAGCUCAUGCUUUAGCUGGUGCUGGUGGUGGUGCAUUAUCAAUGAUUGUAACUUAUCCAUUAGUUACUUUAUCAACUUUAGCACAAACAACUGCUAAGAAAAAGGAAGAAAAAGCAAAACAGUUAUCUGUUGAAGCGAAAAAGCAAUUAUCAAAUUUAUCAAUAAAUGAAAAAAUUUUGUUAAAGUUGAAAACAAAUUCAUCAUAUUUAGCUGCAAAAGAAAUUAUUCAAGAAAAAGGUAUACUUGGGUUAUAUUCAGGUUUAGAAAGUGCUUUAUAUGGUAUAACAUUGACCAAUUUUAUUUAUUAUUAUUUUUAUGAAUUAACUUCAAAUAUUUUUAUUAAAGCCAAUGGUAAAAAUAGAAAAGGUUUAAGUACUAUACAAUCAAUUAUAACUGGUGCUAUUGCUGGUGCUUUAACUUGUGUUGGCUCAAAUCCAUUUUGGGUUGCAAAUACAAGAAUGAUGACUGAAAAGAAACAAAAAGGUGAAUCAUCAUCAAAUUCAACAUUCAAAACAAUUAUUGAUAUAAUUGAAAAAGAUGGAUUUUCAACAUUAUUUGCUGGUGUUUUACCUGCUUUAGUACUUGUUAUAAAUCCAAUUAUCCAAUACACUAUCUUUGAACAAAUUAAAAAUGUUAUAAUUGCAAAUGGUGAUAAAAAAUCGUUUACUGCUGUAAAAGCGUUCUUUAUUGGUGCUUUUGGUAAAUUAAUUGCAACAAGUUUAACAUAUCCUUAUAUUACAUUGAAAUCAAGAAUGCAUAUUAAAAAGAAGAAGAUUGAAAAUGAAGUUGGAAAUGAAGCUGUAGCUCAAGAAAAGGAAAAAAAGUUAUCAAUGUAUGAAGAAAUCAAAAAAAUUAUCGCUGAAGAAGGUUUAGAAGGUUUAUAUGGUGGUUUAGCUGUUAAAUUAAGUCAAUCUAUUUUAACAGCUGCAUUUUUAUUUUAUUUUAAAGAAGAGUUAUUAACUGGAUCGAUUAAAUUAGUUGAAAUCUUUAGAUUAUUAACUGUUAAAAAGCAGAUUAAAAAUUAG